CCGAACUGUUUUUUUAAUUCGUUUCCGCUGUUCUUGCCAUUCUCUUAAUGCUAAAACCCUAAAACCCUCGAGCCUCCGACGAUAAGCGCAAUCGAAAGCCACGCCUCGUCUACCCAUGUUCUCCCCGGCGACGAGGAAAUCUUCACUACUUCGGCAGAAAGAUCGUAAUCAAUGGGGUCAUGCAGCUUCGGCUCCACCUGUUUCGUCUCCGUCGACGCCUCUUCCUUUGGAGCAGGCCAGCGGCUUUCUUUUGACCCCUUCAAUCCCCAACCGUCCUACGACUGGCACGCCAGCUCCUUGGGCCACUCGCCCAUCCGUAGCUGUGAGAAUUCCGACUACAAAGGAUUUAGAGAAGGGAACUGAUGUUGAUCAAACGAAACCAGUUUAUGUCGGGGACUUUCCUUGUCAUCUUCGUGAUGCACAAGAGGAACUGCUGCAUGAGGUUUCAUCAGGUGAUAAGUUGUUCACAGGUGGCAUGGAUAAGGGAACAGGACUUUGUUGGAUAAUAUGCGGAAAUAAGCUUUAUAUAUGGAGCUAUUUAUCAGCCUCUGUUUCAAAUAAAUGUGUAAUUCUUGAAAUACCUUCCUCUGUCUUAGAAAUAAGUGAUGGAAACAGGAAAGGAAAGCAUUUUAAUCACUGGAUGGUCUGCAUAGUUAGAUGGGAUGCUGUUUCUGCAAAGACUGAGAAGGUGUUACGACACUGCAAUUCCGCUGGUGUUAUCAUCUGCCAUAUGAAGACUCAAGCUCUUGUAUAUUGGCCUGAUAUUUUUGCGGAAAGUAGAAACAUGCCAGUUUUUAGCCUUCCAACUCCCUUGGAUGUCAGUGAAACCAAUUUUCAUAAUGAAGGGAGAAAAGAUGCCAACGAGCACCAAGAAAUUUGUUUGGUUGGAAGCGUUCACCUGUCUGAACACCAUCAUAUUAACUCUAUUAUUGCCGCCCCAGUUUCUGGCAGUUCUAAAGAGUGCAUUGCAAUAGCUUGCCAAUCUAGUGGCAAGUUGUGGCAUUUCUAUUUUACUCCAUCUGGAAUUUAUAGGAAAAAGAUCCGUCAUGACAUAUUUGGUGCUGGUUGUGUUAGUCAUUCUCAGACAAAUAAAAGGUAUGCAAGAUCACUCAACUGGCAUCUUCAGCCACAUGCAUGCUCAGAAAAAUCUGGUUGGCAAUUCUUUUUGUUGACAGACCGUGAAAUUCAGUAUUGGAAUGUCAUGCUCACACCUGAGGUAAAUGUAACAAAACUAUGGGUGAACGAGAUUGUUGGUAAUGAUGGCGAUCUGGGCAUUAAGAAGGAUCUGGCUGGGCAAAAGCACAUCUGGCUUUUGGACAUGCAGGUGGAUGAGCGUGGUAAGGAAAUUAGUAUUCUUGUGGCAACAUUUUGCAAGGAUCGGCUAGGCGGUUCAAGCUAUACUCAGUAUUCUCUCCUAACAAUGAUAUGCAAAGCUGGAAAGAACAUCAACACAGAGAAUUCUGCUGCAAUGAGUGCUAGGGUUUUGGAGAAGAAAGCACCUCUUCAGGUUAUAAUUCCUAAGGCAAGAGUGGAGGAUGAAGAGUUCUUGUUUUCUAUGAGGCUUCGUGUUGGAGGCAAGCCUUCUGGUUCUGCAAUUAUAUUAUCUGGGGAUGGGACUGCAACUGUGACCAAUUAUCUUAGAGGUUCUAUACGGCUUUAUCAGUUUGAUUUACCAUAUGAUGCAGGAAAGGUUCUAGAUGCUUCUGUUUUCCCUUCUGCUGAGGAUGAUGAAGAAGGGGCAUGGGUUGUUCUGACUGAAAAAGUCGGAGUGUGGGCUAUACCUGAGAAGGCAGUUUUACUUGGUGGAGUUGAACCUCCAGAGCGAAGUCUAUCACGCAAAGGGAGCUGCAAUGAAGGAAUCACACAAGAAGAAAAAAGAAUUCAGGCUUUUGGCGGAAAUAUGGCUCCUAGAAGAGCUAGUUCUGAAGCUUGGAGUUCUGGAGACAGACCAAGAUCGGUGAUAACCGGUAUUGUGCAGAGAACUGCCCAAGAUGAAGAAGCGGAAGUUUUACUUGGCCGUCUUUUUUGUGAUUUCAUGAUAUCUACUGAAGUUGAAGGUGCAUUUGAGAAGCUUAGUUUUAAAGGAGCAUUUGAAAAAGAAGGUGAAACAAAUGUUUUUGCUCGCAUGAGCAAAUCCAUUGUGGAUACACUGGCUAAACAUUGGACUACAACUAGAGGAGCUGAACUUGUGGCAUCAGCUAUUGUGUCGUCCCUUUUGUUAGAUAAACAGCAAAAACAUCAAAAAUACCUUCAUUUUCUUGCUCUGUCCAGGUGUCACGAUGAACUUUCUCUCAAGCAAAGGCAUGCUUUGCUGACCAUCAUGGAACAUGGUGAAAAACUUUCCAGCAUAAUCCAACUGAGGGAGUUACAGAAUAUGAUUAGCCAAAACCGCUCAAACAACGCUGAUACUCUGCCUUCUCAAUCAGAGAAUCGGCUGGGUGGUUCUCUGUGGGACCUUAUUCAAUUAGUUGGAGAUAAAGCUCGUAGAAAUACGGUAAUGCUUAUGGAUAGAGAUAAUGCUGAAGUAUUUUACAGCAAAGUUUCUGAUAUAGAAGAAUUUUUUGAUUGCCUUACCCAUCACAUUACUUAUAUAAUUGGUGAAGAUCAACCAUAUAAUAUUCAGCUGCAACGGGCUUAUGAAAUAUCAAAUGCCUGUUCAAUUUUAAUUCAGGCUGCCAUGCAGUAUAGAAUAGAAAACCAGACCUGGUAUCCUUCUCCUGAAGGAUUGAUACCUUGGAAUUGCCAGCCAGUGGUCAGGGCAGGUUUAUGGUGUAUAGCAUCUUUCAUUAUGAAACUGUUUAAAGAAUCAGCUUUAAUUGACAGCUCAAGGAAACCAGAUCUGUGGUCCCAGUUAGAGGUACUAACUGACAUCUUACUGGAGGCAUAUACUUGCUCUAUCACUGCAAGAAUUGAAUGCGGGGAAGAGCAUAGGGGUUUGGUGCAAGAAUACUCGAGGAAGAGGGAUGAACUGCUUGAUUCCUUGUUGGAACUAACCAAAAGAUUUGCAGAUGCGAACUACCAGGAUAAAUGCAAGGGUGUCGAAGAUCUUGAGGUUAAAGAAGAUAUUUUUAGAGAAGUUUCUUUACCACUACUAGCAAUUGCAAAAAGGCACGAAGGUUAUCCCACACUAUGGCAUAUAUGCUAUCAUCUUAAUGAUUCUGGACUCCUGAGAAACCUGAUGCAUGAUAGUCGUGGACCUAAGGGAGGAUUUAGUAAUUUUGUCUUUGAGCAGUUGAUAAAAAAUCAUCAAUUUGCUAAGCUAUUGAGGCUUGGAGAAGAGUUCCGGGAUGAAUUAGCUAGUUUUCUCAAGGAUCAUAAUGAUCUGCUGUGGCUUCAUGAGAUUUACUUGUCUCAGUUCUCCUCUGCUUCAGAAACUCUGCAUGCCUUGGCCCUAUCUCAAGAUGACAGCUCAGCUUUGAUUGAAGAACAAGAAUUUGUGCAUUUCAGGAUGCCAUCCUCUACUUCUGAUAGAAGGCGCCUGCUCAACCUGUCCAAGAUUGCUGUGGCUGCAGGUAAGAAAGAGGGUUUUGAGUUGAAGAUGCUUCGUAUAGAGGCUGAUCUCCAUAUUUUGAUGUUGCAGGAAGAGGUUUUGGCAAGUUUCCCCGAGAAUAAAGGAAAACCAGACAUGAACAAGCUACUACCACCUGUAGUGCUUAUCGAGAUGUGCUUGAGAGGAGGAAGUCAAAAGCUGGCUUUACUUGCAUUUGAGUUAUUUGCUUGGGUAGGCUCUAACUUUCGCAAUUCGAAUCGUAGCCUUCUCGACGAAAGUUGGCGAAAUGCUGCCGAUCAGGAUGACUGGGCAUCUCUAGCCAAUGCAGCAAGAGCAAAUGGAUGGAGCGAUGAAUUGGUCAUUGAGAAUUUGAGAGAAACCGUUCUUUUUAAAGCUUCAUACCGUUGCUAUGGGCCUGCAUCAGAGACUUUUGAAGGAGGUUUCAAUGAGGUUUUGCCACUAAGGAAGGAUGAAUUAGACUUCGCAAAUUCGAAGGAAUUAGGCUCAUCAGUUGAAACUAUCUUGAUGCAGCACAAGAAUUUCCCAGAUGCUGGGAAGUUGAUGCUUACUGCUAUCUUGAUGGGAAGGGAAGGCAUUAAUGUCUUUGCUGAAGCUGAAGGAGAGUUGGCAAUGGAGUCAUGAUGGUUUGCUGAAGCUGAAGGAGAGUUGGCAAUGGAGUCAUGAUGAGUGACUAUAGGCAAGCAUGGAGGCUGUGAAAUGCUUUGGAAACCAUCUAAACCGGCUCAAGAUAAGGUCUCAGCUGUUCUUGGUUGAGCUGGCUUGAUCCAAGCUGGAUUAAGUUAAAGAUAGGUUCAGUUUUGAUAGAAUCUUGAUUUUUGUUUAGUCCUGUUCUUAGUCCAAUACACAAACAUGCUCUCAUUCAUAAGCUUAAGUUAAUCUAAAGCUAGCUUGAUGUGAUUGAAUUUCUUGCAAUAAUCCGUAACCCGAUCCGAUUCAGAUUUGGGUCAGUUUUUUGGAUCGUGUUAAAUAUUGAAACCCCUA